CGGGGCCUUCUGUGCAGGCGGGGCUCUGCGCAAUCCGGCUCUCCCUCGGAACCAGUGCGGGAGGGUAUGGUCUGAUGGUGCUAGCUUGUGGUCCAGUCCCAGCCCGCACAGGUGGCUCGCCCCUCCCCUGGGCAGGUACGCACUGCUGGGGCGCUGGCUCGUGUGGGCUGCUCUGCGCCCUCCUCCCGGGCUUAUAUGUGGCCUCACUUGGACACCCGGGCAUGGAGCACGCCGCUCGACCUCAACGAUGGGCUGGGACGAGUUGUGCCUGCUGGACGCUCUCGCUUACCUAGAGGGUUUCAUGGCCUUGGUGACCUUCGUGGCUCUCAGUUCGGUGGGCUCUCCCUACGGCCGCUACUCGUCGCAGUUUCCCGGCCUCCAAGUGCCGGCGCGACCCGCCUGGUUCCUGCAGGAGCUGCCCUCGAUGGUUUGGCCGCUCUAUGAGUGCGCCCGCCCUGCAGCCGCGCGCCUGGGCAUCCUCCCCAACCGGGUCCUGCUGGCCAUGUUUCUGAUCCACUACGUGCAAAGGACGCUGGUGUUCCCGGCCCUGAUCCGAGGAGGAAAAGCCACACCGAUGUUUUCCUUUGCUGCCGCAGUCCUCUUCUGCACCGUGAACGGAUACAUGCAGAGUAGGUACUUGAGCCAGUUUGCGGUGUAUGCUGAAGACUGGGUGGCCCGACCCUGUUUCCUGACUGGUUUUGCCUUGUGGUUAAUUGGCAUGGUGAUAAAUGUCCAUUCAGACCACAUCCUGAGGAAUCUGAGAAAACCAGGGGAGACUGGAUACAAAAUACCCAGGGGAGGCCUGUUUGAGUACGUAUCUGCAGCCAACUACUUGGGGGAGAUCGUGGAGUGGUGUGGCUUUGCACUGGCCAGCUGGUCCCUCCAGGCCACAGUGUUCGCUCUGUUCACAUUCAGCGCGUUGUUCACCAGGGCGAGGCAGCAUCACCAGUGGUACCAUGAGAAGUUUGAAGAUUACCCCAAAUCAAGGAAAAUACUAAUUCCCUUUGUGCUUUAGUGCUG